CUUUCUCUCCCACGCCCUCCCCUCCGCUUUCUUCACCUUUUUACACGCCACUCCAUUCAUCUCAGGUCAGUCUUCGCGACGACGGAACACUCUCGGUCUCUUUCCAUGGCAUGAACUUGCGCUGUCUUUUUCUUGCUCUUGUUAGCUAUUUCUCUUUAGCAUCCCAUCUUCUUGUUCAAGUGACCUUGGUCUGCUUCAUUGCUUCACCAUUACGCUUCCCGCUCACCUGAACGACAUCUUGAAAUCCGUCUUAGUACAUCAUAGGCCGGCUUUUCGUAUAUACGACUCUCAUCUCGCCUUCAGGUCACCUUGAUCCGACCAAACAUUUCCUUCGAUCCCACAAGCUAGCAGCCGAAACUGGGCGUCUUGCAACGAAUUGAGGUAUCGUCCACUGGCUAUCUUGCAUCGCGCACCUAGCUAGACGUUGAUACACUUUCGUCUUGUUCAAGGUCCAAUUGUGAAGCUCAUCGUCGGCUUAAUCAUCGUUGGUCUGCUAUUACCACUCCAUAUCUCUAUACAUUACUUGCGCCGGGCCUCACUGCACUCCGCUGCGAUCAAUUGAAUUGCACAGUAUUUCAGUAUCUUCUAUCCAUUUGUCUCUGCGUCUCUCAGUUCGCCCCAGGGUGUUUAAUUUUCUGCCUUACCAACUCAAGAUUUCCCCACACAGAAGCCCUUCUAAGCUCGCCGUUCACCAUCUCGGCACAAAGUUGCUUCUGCGGAUCUUCCUCUCCCAGCAUCUACAACUCGUUCAGUGCGCCUGCAAAGCUGCGGUUAUCUAUACACUGCUGGCGCUUCUAUUUGCUGAGGCUGGAAAUAUUUGAUGGUGGGGUGAACACUUCUCUUACUUACGGUACCAUCGACGCACACAUAUCAACGCGCCCAUCGCUUGUGCAGCCUGUGCCGUAUGCUUGCGCCUGCACAUACACAAUUGACACACCCACUGGCAAUACAGAUAUAUAUCUAAGCAAUUGGCUUAUUGGCAAGCUUCCUGAUCUGCGAGCUGUUUUUGCCUACUUCAACCCUUCUUCUCCCUCAAGUUUGAGAUAAUGGGCGUUUGAAUAGUUCUGACGCUCAUUUAAUCUCUUUACCUAUCAGCAUGAAUUCUGUCGCUCACAGCAUGGCCGAGGCUUCUCCAGCUCCUGCUGCUCCGUCCAUGCAACACCAACACCAACACCAACAGCCGCAACCUCCACCGUCUCCAUCUCCAUCGCAGCCGACCUCUGUAUCCGAAACCGCUCCGACGCCAUCCUUACCUUCAAUUCCCUCGCCCUCUGCUCAGUCUGCUUCGCUGCCUGCUGUUCUCGCCGCCGCAACAGCUGUCGCAUCAGUCUCCGCCCAUCCACUCGCGCCAAAUCCAGAUGAGCUUCCCCCGCUCCGCCAACCGUCGCCGACCUCACCGGCGCAUUAUACGUUCGAACAACACCAACAGCAGCAGCAGCACCAUCAUCCUCACCACAACCUCCACCCCGUUACGCCGCCUCUGAGAAAGGACACAUGCUCCUCCAUCUCAACUCAGGCCACUAGCGCUACCUUGGCCUCCACAGAGACCAAUAACACAUCGUACAGUGCCGACACCUCUCCUAACUUGCACCAGUCCAUUUUCUCUAUAAAGGAUGGCUCCGACGUCUCUAACAACCGCCGCACGAGCAGGAGACGGACCGGGCCCCUUUCUCAGCAGUCCAGAGAACGCGCUGCACUCAUUCGAAAGCUGGGUGCAUGCAUUGACUGUAGGAGGCGGCGAGUCGCUUGCCACCCCAGUCAUCAUAAUAUGACAUGGGAAGACGUCGUAACCAAGUUUCAUCGUUCGCAUAGCCCGACUAUUCAGGACAUUGCACCUUCCCUCGCCGCUGCCGGCCGACCGUUGAGCCCCGCCCCCGCGAUCACCAAUGUCCAAGCCUUGUUCCACGAUACCCAGGAAAUGGAUAUCGAUUCCAGUACUCCUGGCUCCAACCUGCCCGGCCGACCUCCGCUAAGUGACGCUCGAAUUCGUACCCCUUUGCCAUCGGGCCCUCGCCUCGAGAAAUCCCUGUCUUUACCUGGCAUCGAGAGCUUCAAGAACGACCUCCAAUCCAAUGUGGGGCGUAUGCUUUCCACUCCCAGUCGGGAUCGAUACAGUUCUGUGCAGGUUCUGUUCCUGUUCUGGCAAGACGAUGAAGAGGUCCCGAUAAUUCAGACCGCUGUCCGGGAGCUCGCUGAGGUUUUUGAUAAGUAUUAUCGCUACAACUUUCAAGUUCAAGCUAUCCCGUCGUCCUCUGACGGCUGCAAAAGCUCAUGGAGGUGGCUAUCAAGGGCACUCAACGAGUUUGUCGAGGACCGCGAUGAGCGUGAUGUGUUGAAGAUAGUCUAUUACGCAGGACAUACAUACCUCGAUGGCAAUCGUGAGAUGGUUCUGGCAAGGUAUGCCGUUUGCCACCCCCUUCUGCAUUGAUGAUACCGGCUAAGACUUGGCAGCUCGCGAAAUCCAGAACAAGCCUCAACAAUCCGGUGGGGUGGUAUACAACAAACUCUCGAAGAGGCUUGUGCCGAUACGUUGAUUAUUAUGGAUGCUGCAUAUUACCCAUCGUCCAGAAUGGUUCGACAACAGGGCGUCCUGGAACUACUUGCAGCUUCGGUAUCAGAAGAGCAUUAUUACGAUCUUGAUCGCUGUGCAUUCACUCGGGCCCUUGCUGAACAACUGCGAGUCCGGGCAGCACGCUUGAGUCCUCUUUCGGCUGCCGAGCUGCACGCGAAUUUGUUCUCUCAGUACGCCAAAAUGGUCCAAGACAAGUAUCCAGAGAAAGAAGUAUUGACCAGUUUCCCCUCGCCGCUGCACAUGAUGAUGUCGGGCAACUCGAGGCUUCCGUCCAUCUUCCUUUCUCCGGUGUACCAGAACAGCCCCACGCGAGGAAGUUUCUCUUCGUAUGAGAACAGUCCCCAAUUACACUUGUCUAUUCGACUGGACGAUGACAACGUCGACCUCGAAAGCUGGAAUGAAUGGCUGCGACUGAUGCCGGAAGGUAUCAGGGAUGUCAAGGUUGAAGGGCCGUUCCGAGCUACGUUUAGAUGAGUAACUUCGGACUUCGACUCUAUAUUCGACUUUUGUUUAAUGACACAACCGGGAAGCUGAUCACACCAGCACCUCUGUGAAUUGAGGUAGACUACUCUUGAAAUAGAGGAUGUCUGUUGAGGUUCCCCUGAAAACGGAAACGACCUCAACUUUGAUGCUGGGCAUGAUCGCCAAGAUCGGACAUGAUGGGUUUUCAGAAUUAGUCCCAUCAUGGCACACUCACAUGAAUCACUCCCCUCUCAUGCCGGCAAUGCAUUGAUUACACUCUAAUUUGAUUUGAAAUGGAAUAUGUAAUGACGAGUCCAUGAAGGAUAGCGCAUGGAGUCUUGGGCGGAGCAAAAAGCAAAUGGGGCCCCAGUCUGAUUCGCAUAAACCGGGGUUACUUGACGGUCAAGCCGAGGAAUUACGGCUGGAUAUCUAUUUGGAAGGACAUUGAUCGAUCUGGAAAGUAAUUUGGCAAAAAGGCGAGAGAAAAGUGACUCAGAGGCCAGAAAGAGCGAGCAUGAGACAUGUUUGUUUAUAUAUAGGCACCUGCAUAUGCAAAGGUAGCAUUCUGCAGGCUAUGUUUCAUCAAGGCCCGUUGAAGCUUUGUCUCAAUCUUUGUUUCACUCAGUAAAUCGUUCGGGUCAGGCAUAUCAUGACGGAUGUCGACAUAAAAGCUUUGACUAUAACAGGCAUGUGAAAGAGCAGCACCAGGGUCUAGCAAUGCAAGUGAUAAUGACGAAACGUCCAGCAUAGAGGAAACAAUGCACGGAUACAAUAGAAAUUGGUGCAUGAUGGCGAGACCGGGACCCAGGAGGCAGGCCCAUGAGUCGUCGGGUGAUAAAGCGCGGAGUCUUUUGGCGGGACCAAAACAAAAAAGUUUGUUGUUCAUGGGGGGCUGGGUCUGGUCUUGUCUUGGUAGG